AUCUCAUGUUUGCAUGUAGAAAUACUGGGGCAAUGAGGACAAGUGAGUUUGAUUCAUCUGACGAAGAGGACUUUGGUGAAGAGGAAGCUACACCUUUUCAGAUCUCAUGGUUGUCUCUGUCAGUGGUGGAGUGUUCCCAGUCUCUUGGCAUUUGUUCCUUACCUGGAUGCAGAUAUAAAGAAAUCAGAAGAAACCUGCAGAAAGAUGUUGCGGAGAUGCGUGAUCAGGGUGUGGAGGACGUGUUUGUGUUCUGUACCAGAGGAGAGCUGGUGCGCUACAGGGUGCCGAGUCUGUUAGAGGUUUAUUCUCAGAAUGGACUCAGAGUGCACCACCUCCCCUUCCCGGACGGGGGCGCUCCAGAGCUUCCUCAAUGCAGUUGCAUUCUGGAAGAACUGCAGGACUGCCUGCAGAAUCAACGCAGGACUGUCAUACAUUGUUAUGGAGGCCUGGGACGCUCAGGGUUAAUUGCUGCAUGUUUGCUGCUGCAGCUGUCUGUCUCCAUGAUGCCCAGUGCAGCUCUAGAGAUCCUGAGGGAGCUGAGAGGAGGCGGAGCCAUUCAGACCAUCAAGCAAUACAACUUCCUUCAUGAGUUUCGUGAGAAGUUUGAAGCAUAUCAAGAAACCAAAGAGCAUCUUUCAGAGAGAUCAGUGUCCCGAUGAUCAACCUGACAUCCAGACGAUGUAAAAGCAGAAAAAAAGACAAAUUACUUUAAUUGGUGGUUUUGCUCUAUAGAUUUUCUCUACUUUAUGAAUGCAUUUGUUUCUUUUCUGAUGGCACUUUAAAAAUUCUGUAUUUUUAUAAGUCGAUCUAAUAAUGUGCUUAAUAUAUAACUUUAAUUUUGCAAUUAAAUGGGUCUUGUUCAGUGAGUCUCCUGUGUGAGAUUUCUGAGAAACACUGUCGGAAAUUAUCAACACCCAAACAAACAAUUUUGUGAAUAUUUGUGUGUGUGUGUGCUGAAACAAACUGUGUUUGAACAUAGUCCUGGCUGUGUAAAUAAGGGAAAAAACUAAGUGGAUUAGACGAGCACCAUAACACUCUUGUAGCUAAUCAGCAAUAGGGGCGUUUACACUCAUGAUGGGGAGGAGAGAGCAUGAGCAAGCGGGAGAUUUGACUAGACUGUUGAAGAAGAGACAUUGACUUACCUAGAUCAAAAUUCAGAGGAAUAUCAUUGGAAAAAGAAAGCUUACAAUCAGGCAAACUCUCAAACCCACGUUAAUAUGGAAAAAGCUUUCCGACGUUAGAGAGAUGGGGAGUUGAAAACGGACACAGAGGUUGCUUUGUU